AUGGACAUGGACUUGUCCUGGGUAUAUCCCGUCUCUUCAGCAAUCGCCACCACUUUUACCACGACAUUUGCAGUUCUCUCGACCAUCACAAUCUAUGCGCUCCGUAUCGUCAUAUGGCCCAUCUCCAUCCUCUAUGGAGCGUUCCUGGUCGUCUUUGCGCCCGUCAUAUAUACCCUGCAGUUUCUCUUUGCCCCGGUCUUCUACUUCAUGUCUCUUGUACCGAAUCUUAAGCCUCUGUAUAUAUACUUUGGAAGCGCCGCCUUCGUGGGCAUCGUGGCCGGGCUCAUGCUCCAGCUCACAUCGACCACGUUUGUAUCACUGUUCAGCAUGGACCAGGGACAGGAUGAGAGCAUGAGGUACCCCAGGAGGCUUGAAGCACGGCUGAGCAUGAAGCUCCUGGACGACGCAAGCUCACAGGACUCGGACUGGCAGUGGCUGGACAAGGCUGCGCACCCAAAUAUGAAGCGCAAGAGAAGAGCCCCGGGAUUGACGGCACAGACGAUAUUGGAGGAGGACGAUGACUCAGAGUAA